AUGAGCUCUUACUUUGUAAACUCGUUCUCGGGGCGCUAUCCAAAUGGCUCCGACUAUCAGUUACUAAAUUAUGGGACUAACGGCGCUGUGAGCGGCUCCUUCAGAGACCCUGGCACCAUGCACUCCGGGUCUUUCGGCUACAACUACAAUGGCAUGGACCUUACGGUGAACCGCUCCAACAACGGCGGCCACUUCGGGGCGGUGAGGGAGGACGCCCGGGGAUUCGCUCCGGACGCCCGGUACCGACAGACGCCCAACUGCUCGCUCGCGUCUCCGGACCCGGCGCCGCCGUCGUGCGCCACGGCCAGCCACGAGCCGCUGGAAGUAAAGAGCCCCUCUCCUCCCUCUGACCGGAGCUCGACCUCGAGCGGCAACAAUCUCAACAAAAACAACAACAACAACAACGGCAGUGUCGGCGGCAACGGCAACGGCAACGGCGCGCAUUUCACGGAGAUAGAGGACGCAACCGGCGCCUCCGAGACCGAGGAGGGCGCACACGGCAGCGGCGGCUCCAGCUCGGCACCACGGGCGCAGCAGCAGCAGCACCACCAGGAUCCCAACGCCACCUCCUCCACCCCUUCAUCAAAUGAUUGCCAAUCGCCACAAAUAUUCCCGUGGAUGCGGAAGCUGCACAUAAGCCAUGAUAUGACUGGACCGGAUGGGAAAAGGGCCCGAACCGCGUACACCCGGUACCAGACGCUAGAGCUGGAGAAAGAGUUCCACUUCAAUAGGUACCUCACCCGGCGGCGGAGGAUAGAGAUAGCCCACGCGCUGUGCCUCUCCGAAAGACAGAUCAAAAUAUGGUUUCAGAACCGCAGGAUGAAGUGGAAGAAGGACAAUAAGCUGAAAAGCAUGAGUCUCGUGACCGGAGGCAGCGCCUUCCACAACUGA